AUGGAGGGCUCGAAAGGAAGCACAGCAUUCCCUAGUCCAGGUCCACGCGUUGCUGCUGCCGAGCAAGCCGCGGCUGACGCGCGUAUGCAUGAUGCGGGGUUCGAGGAGCCCGGUGCCGUACAGCGCCCAAGCGGUGCGACUCAAAAGACCCACCAAUUUUCUGUAUCCAGGGCAGUGCAUCCAUCAGAUAAGAACCAUUCCAUUGCGAGGAGUGCUUCAAAGGGGCCAAGAGGAGCACGGAGGGGCUGGAAGGUGGCGCUGCUCACCUGCUUCCUCACUGCGGUGCUCGUCCGCGCCCUAUACGUCGCUCUCUCCAGCAGGAAGGCGAAAGAGAACUAUGCAUUGAGCAAGCGUCUGCAGGUGUGGGGGGAUAUGAUAGAUAUUGAAAAAAAGAAGUUGACUGACCUCAGAGAAACCUUGGCGGAGAUGCGGAGAGCCAAUGACCAAAACGAAGGGAUCCUCCAGAGCAAGCGCCAGUAUAUCGAACAGCAGGAGAUGAUGUUGCGCGCCGAAGAAGAGGAGCUGAAAGAGAAGGAAGCUCGCCUGGAGGCCAUCAAGAAAGCCACUGAGGAGGUAGAGAAACAGGUUGCAAUUACGCAAAGUGCGUUCGUGGGGCGCGGAGGGAAAGACGAAGUUUCUGAGAACAGGAGAGCCAGAGGAUUUCGUACCGUUGGCCAAGCCGCCCAGCUCAUGCAGCAGGUAGAGAAAGAGUUUGACUCGGUGGUCUCUGCAGGGCCUGCUUCUAGGUCGUGGAACCCCUUUUCAGUGGACCACCUGGAUCUCACGACGAUACGAGGUGCAAUGUCCGUGCUGAAGUCGCUUCCACACCAGCCGUCUACAUCCGACCAGGCCAAGGACAUCCUCAAAGCCCGCAGGCUUCUGCUAGGGGCGGCUGUCCGCUGUCAGGCGGCAACGUGGACCGCCAUAAGGCAGCUGCUGACUAUUAAAGCGGAAUGGCUCGACGAGGUCAUUCUGGAGAAGUCUGGCAGAGGCGGGCUCGACAGCAUUAGCGCCAUGGUGCAGGAGGAGUGGCGCGUGCAGGAGCAACAGCAAGCGCGCGCCAAGCUCUACCUGGAGGAGCUUGACGAACAGGUGAAGGUGUGCGUGGCGAAGCAGCAACAGCUGCACGAGCGCGCCGCCAGUGAUAAUCUUAGUAAAGAAGAAGCAGAGGAGCUGGAAGGUGCGCUCUUCCACUGGGAGAACUAUGAAGUCUCCGUGCGCGCCCAAAGAGCCCUCGUACUAUCUACAGAAGCCGCGGCCUUCACGACGCGCGAGGAGUUUUUCGAACAAAGGAAAUUGCGCGUGCAGCGAGCCUUCGACAACCAGGCCGAAAGGCGGCGGCGGCUUCCGAGCGACAACAUUCGGUUGGCCGAGUUAGAGACAGCUUUGUCGGCGAUCAGUGAGGAGCUGAAAGAGCUCAAGGAAUUCUUUGACGGUGCCAAGAAUCUCAGAGAAGAAUACGAUGUCGAAAACCCUGAAAACGCUCCGCCGCUGUCGAUAGGGCGCGAGCAGCACGAAGCGAAUAAUGUUAAUGCUUUCGCGUUUGAAGAGAAACGCCGCUCGUCUAUGUACUCCAGGCCCCUCACGACCAUCCUGGUGAAGAGGGAACAUGAGGCUGCGGAACAUGACCCGCGUCUGCCUCGACCUGUCCGCCCCGCUCCUUCGCCUCCUUCGGGAGCAAAACAAGGGUUGAGCCAACCCCCAUCAGAAGAAGGCAACAACCGUCAGACGGGGGUAUUGAGACGUCGGAGAAUUUCAAUGUUGCCUCAGCAUCUCCAAAGAGCGCCUGUCUAUGCUCUGGGUGACACUGAAGGGAGUGUUGUUGCUGCUGGUGAUUUAGGUGGAUCGGACAGCCCUCCUCUUCGCGGCACGCUAGUAUACUACCCAGGAGCAGAUGACGAGGAAAGAUGGCAGGUGUCUCCCUUGGGCUCUGAAGAUGGCGAAAUCCCAGCAGCUGAUUCACUAGCACAUGCGACCUUUGUGCAAGUAAGUGACGAUGAAGGAUUUCCUGGGGAUGAAGCUAUGCAUGGGGGGCCGAGACGUUACUCUGCGCCACCACUUGGGGCUUCAGUGCCGAUGGGGUCUUUCCCGUCUUCGCAUGAGCGCCAACGACCGCUCACAGUACCAUGGGGCGCCUGGGACGACAAUGAGAACGAAGGGGAAGGCUCUGCGGGGAGCGGGGCAGGUGGAGGCGCACGGCUCUCAGAUGAAGGUGCAUCUGAUCGUGAAGAGAGCAUCUCUCCUCCACCUCCCUUUAAGCCUCCCAAGCCGGGCGAGCAGGCUUCAGCUUCUGUCGGAGAGGAGGAAGUUCCACCGGGAAUGCCAGGCGGCCUCCCGAAGGUGCAGGGGCCGGGGCAAAGGGCAGAUGGUGCAGCGGAUUUCCCCAGCAGCCUAGGCAGUCACGAAGGAAAGCCUAAUUUGGCAAGAAUACGGGUAGUCUCCGGGGAUUCUGAUGACGACAGCAUUAUCUCAGAAGUUGCCGUAGCAACGAUGGCGCCCGCCGAGUCCUGGAGUGAAGCUUCUAGCGAUGAUGACUUUUUGGGGGAGGAUAGUAGUUCCGAUGAGGGUCUCUCUCGGAGUCCCUCUCCUACAGUAUCUACGAUAUUGCCGCCGAUGGAGUCGCCGCCGCCUCCGUACAACGACAUAGGGCCGCCCUCAACACCAAGCGGCACUUUGGAACAGGGCACGGAGAGCGUUACAGGUGAGCGCUCAUCGGCGCGCAACAUUGUUUCUGAAGGUGAUAUGGGUGGUGGCUUUUUGGGUGGCGGGGAAGCUGCGAACAUACGGUUCGCAGAUGAUACUGAAUCUGAAGCUGAAGAUUUUUCCACGUCGCUACGACCCAUUCCGCCUCCCAUUCCAGGAGAGCAGUUAACAGAUUCUGUAGGGCCGGAGGGAAUCGCAGGGAAAAUGUUAGGCCACGAGCCGGUGCAGGAGUCGGGACCGAAAGACGGCACCUCCGAGGAGGGGGGAGGGGGAGGAAACUGA